GAGCAACGUUUAAGAACGUCGUGAUUGGAUGGAUAUAAAUAUAAGACAUUUAUUAUUGUUAUGAUUAGUUCUUGACUUAAAGUAAAUGUUACGAAAGAAGCUACUUUAACUAGUAGGCCUAAAGUCUUCUACUUCGCUUGUUAUGAAACAUCUGUGCUACAACUGAUAUGCUGCGUCAUGCUCUUCGUUUAAAACCGUUCAAUCGGAAUUUGAUUACUUUGUAUCAUAAUUGUAGCAGACAAAAACAUUUGAAAUUGAUUAAUGUGAAUACUCAGAUUACGCAUAGUCUGCAUUGUCGUUUAUUUACUAGUUUGAAUUGUGGAUCCAAUCUUCUGAGUUUUAAAAAAAUGGGAGAUACUCAGUCUGGUAUGCUUUCAUUAAUUUACAACAUAUACUUUCGCUUGUAAUACUCAAAACUAGUAGAGGAGUAGUGACUAGUAUCACUCAAACUCAAAUCAUUGUCUGUGACUGUGGGAUUUUUUUCCAAUCAGAAUGCGACUCAUCUCUCCGUCUAGUACUUAGUCUAAGUCUAUGUAUAUACUGUGAUCAGUGACUACAUUUUGACUUCAACUACAAUAUUAGCAUUAUGAUUAUACUUAUUAUUAUCAUUUUAUUAGGCUUAGGAAAUAAAAUUUUUGUUUCAGAUGACAAAUGUUUUACAUCUUCAAAAUUGUUUCUUAAAUAUUUUUAAUAUAAAAGUUAAAAUUGUGGCUGUGGAGCUAAAAAUUAUAAUGGCCAUGGCAUAGUGAAUGAUAGUGUAAGAGUAAGACACUUAUUCUUAGUUUAGACAGUCAGUCUGUAAGAGUAGUAAGACUAAAUCUCUAUCAACUAGCCUAGCCUAUAUAAAUCUAUGUUAUAUUAUGCAAAAUCCUUUAAUUAGCAUUAGUGUAUUGUAAGGUAUUCUCAUCUGUGGUCUAUUUCUCAUGGGUGGUCUAUUUCUCAUGCCUCGAUCAUAAAAGUUACAAGCAAACAAGAAAAAUAUCAUCCUAUAUAACUAUAUGAUAUAUUAAUAUACAGAAGGAUUUGAAUUCAGAGUUUGCCUUCUCUUAGUCUUAGAAGGGUGCCAUCCAAGGUUAACGAGUGCCAUCCACCAGAGGUUCUGGUCUGGUGUAUUUGUGCCUGUUUUAAAGUUCUGUGGCACACCAUUCAUAGAAGUCAUUAAAAAAAUUAUAGAGACUGUUCUGGUGAAGAGCAGCCUCCAACCAAAUUAAUACUGUAGGGUGGGCAACAAUCUUUCAUAAGAUUUGUACUACCCAGUAUAUUACUUUAGCUAAUUUAGGUCCCAUCUUACUUUGUUUUUAAAAUACUUUUAAAAAAACCUUUGAUGUUUUAUCUUUAUAUACGGUACAAACAUUUGUGACUACUUUUAUUUAAUUUAAAAUUUGGGUAAAUGCAGACAAUUGGUGCCAUGAUGUAUCACAUGGCUGCCAACUUGGUUGCCACAACCUGUGAACUUUUAUAAUUUACUGUCACUAACUUAACAUGAACCCUAAAUGUAUCCCUAAUUCUAACCUGAACCCUAAAUAUAUCCCUAAUUCUAACCUGAACCCUAAAUGUAUCCCUAAUGGCACCAAUCCUCCGCAUUAGCCAAAAUUUGUAUUGAAAAGAAAGUAAUUUUUUGGUCAUUUUGUUUCCUGCAUUUAUUGAAAUGGAAUUAUAUCCAAAUUCUUUUGCAGUUAUAUAACCUUUAUGGUUGAGAUUAGGACACUAAAUUGUGUAAUAAAGAAUUAAAAUUAUCCAACAAAAGUCCAACAAAGGCAAUGUCAAAGACAGGUUUAGUUUACUGUGCACUUUUACUGCCCACCAUAUUUUAUUUAGGCCUAGCCGACACAACUGGAAUAGAGCGCCCAGGAAAAAUAAUGUUAUCAGAUGAAGAAUGGAAAGCUAAAUUAACAAAGCAGCAAUACAAUGUGUGCAGGAGACAUGGAACAGAAAAGGUUUGAUAAUUAAGUACCUCUACUGAAUAUAAGUUAAAUUAGUAUUAAACUAAAUGAUUCUAUACUAAUAUUUAUUUUAUGUUUUGGUGUCUAACAAUUCGCUUAGAGUAAAUAUUUUAUAAUUUUGUUUCUCUUUACCUACCAGUUAAAUUAAGCGCUUAAAGCUGUUUGGUAACAGAAAAAGUAUUUAAAUAUUCUCAGGCCUGGACAGGAGAGCUUCUAGAGAACAAGGACAAGGGCAUUUAUACAUGUGCUUGUUGUGGUACCGAGAUUUUUAGGUAUGCCAUAUAAUUUUAUGCCUACACUUAAAAUGUUUAAAGGAAUUAGAGAUACCAGUACCAUUGACCUUUUAACAAUAUUGACUUCUUAUCUAACUCGGCACUUCCUCUGCCAGUAGGUAAACUCUAUUCCAGGUCAUUUUGGUUAAGUAAUACUUUUGAACAAUAUUAACUUCUUAUCUAACUCAGCACUUUUAUUCCAAGUUGGCAAAUCCUAUUCCAGAUCAUGUUGUUUAAGUAGAAUUAGUAGUAAAAUAUUUCAUUAUUAAUUAAUUUUUAAGAAAUGCAUAUUUAAAUUUAUCAUGUAUCAGCUCUUCAACAAAAUUUGAUUCUGGCUCUGGAUGGCCAUCUUUCUUUGAUGUACUGAAAGAUAAAGAUGUUUCAGAUUUACCAGCAGUAGACUUAAGAUCUGAUGAGAGCAGUGGCAUGGUGCGUACAGAGGUCUUAUGUGGCAAGGUGAGAAAUAUGUUACCUCUGUGAUGUUAUAUCAAAUUUGUAAAUCAGAAAUUUUAUAAAUAGUUGGCACCAACAUGUUUUUUGUUAAAUUCUGAAUUUAUAGACUAAUUCAUUACAAACAUUUUUCUAUUUAUAAAACAAAUUUCAAGUCUGAAAAAUUAAGUUUUUUUUAAAGUCAUUUUUCCAAUCCUCAAGGAUUGUGCAUAAAUAUUUCACAUUUGUAUGGUAAUUGCUUUGGUACAGUGUAUUUAUGUAUUAUGAGUAUUUAUUUUUUUAACUGACUGUUUAUUAGUAUUAGCACAUUUACAAACACCAAUUAUUUUAUAUCUUUUUUUCUACAGUGUGAUGCUCAUCUUGGCCAUGUAUUUAAUGACGGUCCCAGGCCAACAGGAUUGCGCUACUGCAUAAAUAGUGUUUGUUUAAAAUUUAAGCCAGGUGCGACUGAUAAGGUGAAACCUGAAUUAUAACCAGGCUUUAGACUUUCUUGUCUUUCCAAAUUGUAGAAAAUCAGAAUUUUUGUAAUAUAUAAUUUUUCAUCAAUUUAAUAUCUGUCUGAUAUAAUAGAGGGGAUACUCCUCAUUUUUUUCUAUAUCUGAUGCUUAACUUUGAUUUGCUUUCAUCAAUUUUAAAUAUUUAUUCUAUUAUAUGGUGAAUUUCUAUUAUAUGGUGAAUACAAAUUAAUAAAUAGCUUGUAAAAGUAUUACUAUAGUUGGGCCACUUGCAGUCCAACAAAUAUUUAAUAUACAAAUCCUCCUUAAAAAAUAUUUUCCUCCAUCCUGUAUUAUGUUAACAAUACUCAAGAAAACUUUGCUAACAUGAUUAUAUUGAGGCCAAGCAAAAUAUUUCAAUAAUGCAUAAAUAGUGAUGUUCCAUUACAUGAAUUGCUUGCUUAAUAAACAGGUGCAAACAAAAACUGUUUAUAUUGUUGUCUGGUAGGUUAAGUUAAUUUCAUUUUCCCUCAGAGAAUACUCCAUCAGGAUUUUAAAAUAAUUAUCUCUAUAAUCAUUUUCAUUCUAACUAUUGACACUACUAACUUAUCACUCUUUGAAAAGAAAAAAUUAUCAAUUUUUAACAGAAGUAACUAUUAGUGGGGACUGGUACAAUUAGAGGUAUAAGCUAACAACCCCCAAAUUAUAAGAAGCUUUAGUGAAAGUGAAAGUAUACUACCAGACUGUCUUAAAACAAUUAAAUUACAACAGUAAACAAUAUUUGAAAUUACUACAGAGAUGAG